AAUAGCUGGCUGGUUCACGUGUAUUAAACAAAACACAGACGGUCGGUUGACAUGUCUGUUGUUUAACGGUAUCGGUGGAGCACCACAGCAGCAGCAGCAGAAACUCUCAGGCCCCCUCAAAGACAGCAAACGUUUUCUGAACACUUACGAAGCUCAAGCGGACUUUGUCUGCAGAGAAAUGGCUGAGGGAGGCUUUGACCCUUGCGAGUGCAUCUGCACCCAAGAGUAUGCUAUGAGGCGCCUCAUCAACCUGCUGAGGCAAUCUCAGUCCUACUGUACAGACACAGAGUGCCCUCAAGAAUUGCCAGGACCCAGCGGGUCAGUCGGCGGAGGAGGUGACCUGACCCUCCCUAUGGUUCUGAUGGGAUGGGUGGUGGUGGCUCUGGUCCUGUUCCUGCUGCGCCCAUCUAGUCUCAGAGGUCCCCGUCCCACAGGCAAAGCCACAGGACCCCACAAUAGUGAUGGAAGAGAGCCCCCAGCACCUCCUAUUGAUUAGCAGCGCAGCCAGACCACCAGCACUCCUCCACCUGCUCUGACUGGAGCUGCACAGCUAGAAACUGUGACCAAGACAGUGUCAUCUCCCUGUCAACCUUCAUACAAUUAUCUUUUGCUUUUUUUUUUUCUUUUUCUGAUACCAUGGCAUUGCUGGGUAGGUCUGUCUUUGAUUCUUGUUACUUGAGCCCAACUGAUACUGGAUUAACAAGGCCAAUGCAGAUCUGAUAUUUGAGAGAUUAGAAAAAAAAAUGUGAUGAUAUAAUGAUCAAUAUUCAUUUUUUGCACAAACGCACAAAAAAAAAAUGGUGGCAGUUAUUCUGCUUUCUGCUCUACAUCAGAUUUGGUCAUUUUUGACAUGUCAUAGGAAAUUUCAUAAUAACCACAAAAAAAAAAAAAACAAUCAAAACACAACAUCAAAAAAUAAAAACUUGAAUUAAAAGAUAUUUGGUUUUGUAUAUCUGCUGACAUAUAUGCUGAUACAGUGUACCUGUGAUAAGCCAGUUUUGACUGCUAAUAAUGGUCAACAAUAUCAGCAUGUCGAUGCAUCAGUUGGGUUCUACGUUGAACUUCAACAAAUCUUUAAUCGGGAGGUGUGGGAUCGCUCUGAGUCAGUCCCUGAUCUCAGCUCUGGUGCAGACUGAUCUUCAGAAACUCAGACAUGAGCUCAAAAUGAAGGAAUGUGUCACAUGGGUUCAGGGAGAAGAGAGGGGUAGCAGGGGAAUUUUUGUUGGGCAGUUAAAUUGUUGUUUGGCUUUUGCUGAGUAAUGAAGGGUGGCAGAUUAUUCAGUCUUGCUGAAACAUUCCUCUCUUUCCACUUUAAAGUUACAAUUGUGAACAGUGCCAGUAAUAAUUUCAUAUAUCAUAUCACAUUUAAUAGCAUAUUCAAACCAGCACAAUGACAGUUUUUUGAAUUCUGAAUUUGAAUUUCAUUUAAAAUUGAUUUUAAUGCAGUGAAUUCAUCUUCUGUGCUUUAAAGCUUUUAAAGUCGAGGGGAGCUGCAGCUUCAGGUGAUAAUUCUCUGUAUGUUCAUCACUACCAGCAAACUCCUUUCACAUUGUCUUUUUAUCAUAAAAAAAUAUUGAUUAUAGCCACUGUAAGUAUCAGAAGAUUUGAUUACUAUAGUAUAAGUGAUGAAGAGGAUAAUACAUUUGCAAUAAGUCAUGGGUUAUUGUAGAAAAUGUGAACAAAAUAUUUGAUGCACAAAACAAAUAUAAAAAUUCUUCCCCUCUGUCUAGAGUCUCUCUAAAAGAUUGUUAAAUGCUCGUGUUUCACUCUCAUAUCACAAAAGGAAAUGAAUUGCUGGCAAACAGGGUUUAAUAGGUCUGGUCAUUGUAAAAUAAUAUACUCAGCACAACCAAAUUAAGUUUUAAUUAUAUUUAGAUGAUUCUGUGUACUGUAGCUAUUUUGUGGUUAAACAAAGAAAAUGAUUGUUGUAUACUGACUUAUUAGUAGCCAAGAAUCAUUUCAUUAGCACUUUUGUUGUGGUAUCUUGAUUCAUUUUGAAAGGUGUGUUGUACUGAUUGAGCUGUCUAACAAUGGUGGCCUUGUGGGGAUGAGGGCCUGUCCUUCUUUUCUUACUGAGAAUCACAGCAGUCUGUGAGUAUUGGGAGCAAUCCAAAGUUUAUACUUCACAGCUUCUGUAUCACAAUAAUAUGUCAAACCAAUGAAAAGGAAAAAACUGAAAAACAGUGCCAAUGUAAUAUUAUGAUUCUGGUCUCAGUGCUGAUUGAGAGAAUUUUUGUGGAAGAACAGCAGUAUCUGAAGUCAUUUUCAUUUUAGAUUUAUGUUGCCGAAAGGACGAUGGAAUCACCUUCAGCAGGAAUUUUCUGUGAUGUUUCCAUAUUAUUGGCAUAGCUUACAUUACAGGCUUAUUUCCUUACAUUUGUUAAUGCAGAAGUGAUAAUUUUACAUUAGAUAACUUUAUAGAAAGUGUUUUGGCUCUAUUAAAGGUUGAGAUACAGUUAGUGAACAGAAAAA